AUGGCAUUCGGAAUCCAAGAGCCAGCUGAUAGCUUCCAGUCAACCUCAACAAACAGAAUCCAAAGCACCGACAGUACCACGGAGCGUGUCCUAGUCCCACAGCCCUCAGACUCACCUCAAGAUCCUCUGAACUGGCCACGGAUCAAGAAAGAGCUAUGCUUUUUGACAAUUCUUCUAGGCUCCUUCGCCACUGGCUCCCUGGGACCACUCUUUGUGCCCGGGUUUGCUGUGCUAGUUGCCCAUUUCAACGUUCCUCUCACUAGUAUCACGCUCUCGAAUGGCAGUCUUGUGACGGCUCUUGGUGUCAGUGCUUAUCUAUGUGCCUGUUUUGCGGCCGUGUUUGGAAACAGGAUUGUGUACUUGGUUACUACGACGAUAGUAGUGGUUACUUGCUGCUGGGCUGCUGCGUCGAAAUCAUAUACAUCGCUUCUUGUGUCUCGUGUCUUUCAAGCUGCGAAGCCUUUUCUCUUCCUUUUUACACUAGGGCAUUGA